CGUGUCUGCAUGCACAUGCAUUGCGCUUGGGUUCAUAAUUUCUAAUAGAAAAUCCAUAAAUCUAUAAUUGAAGUGUUUACUACGUUCCACUUCCUUUAGCAUCAACUGCAAAAUGACUUCGUGCAAUGUCUGCCAGGCAGAGACCAAGAACAAAUGCUCCAAUUGCAAUCAGGUCGCCUACUGUUGCGUGCAGCAUCAAAAGCAGGACUGGAAAUCGCACAAAUCCAACUGCCAUCCAUUUAAGAUAGCGCACAACGAGCUGCUGGGUCGCCAUUUGGUGGCCACACGUAACAUCAAGCCCUAUGAGAUUGUCUUGAAGGAGGCGCCCCUGAUGCGUGGACCGGCACAAAUCUCGGCACCCGUUUGCAUGGGCUGCCUGAACUGCAUCGAGGCCAGCGAUCACAUCACCUGCGACAAGUGCGGCUGGCCAUUGUGUGGCCCGGAGUGCCAGGCGUUGGACGAGCACAAAGCCGAAUGCCAGCUGACACAGGCGCGUGGCCAGAAAGUAAAUGUACAGGAGUUCAAUGGACCGCAUCCGUUGUACACCUGCGUUAGCACGGUCAGGUGUUUGCUAAUCAGCGAGACGAAUCCGGCAAACGCAGAGAAAUUUAAGCAGCUGGAAUCAUUGGAGCAAACACGUCGUGGCUCCAAUCAAUGGAAGGCGGAUCUGGCCAGUAUUGGACAGUUCAUACCCAAAUUCUUUCGCACCCAGAAAUUCAGCGAGGAGGAGAUCAUGCGAGCUGUGGGCGCUUUGCAGAUCAAUGGACACGAGGUGCCCACAUCGGAUCCGCCACACGUGGCCGUCUUCUACACGGCCUCCUUUACGGAAAACUCCUGCGUGCCUAAUCUGGCCAAGAGCUUCAAUAAGAAUGGCCACUGCAUGCUCUGGGCACCAAAGGCGAUCAAAAAGGGUGCAAAUCUUAGUAUUUGCUACUCCGAUGCUGUUUGGGGCACAGCUGAUCGUCAGCGCCAUCUGAUGCAGACCAAGCUCUUCAAGUGUGCCUGCGAACGCUGCGUGGACGUCACCGAACUGGGCACCAACUACAGCGCCCUCAAGUGCGAGGAUCGCAAGUGUACGGGCCUGCUCCUGCCUAGCAAGGCGGACGACUGGCAUGGCUGCUGGCGCUGUCGCGACUGCCAGAAGCAAGUUCAGCGAAAAUAUGUGGAUGGGAUUUUGGAGCGCGCGGGCAAAGAUGUUCAAAGUAUGGAAAAAACAGCAGAGAAUGGCUUCAAAUACUUGAAGCACUAUGAGAAAUGGUUGCCCCCACAGCAUUAUCACCUAAGCGAGGUGAAAAUUCAGCAGGUGCAGCUUAUUGCCAAGGAUCAAAAAGAGCUAAUGGUCAUAUCCGAUGAGCAACUGCAACUGAAACUCAAAUAUGCUAAAGAGUUGAUUGAACUCUAUGAGAUCUUGGCGCCAUGUGAAGUGCGUAUGCUGGGCACCCUUUGCUUUGAGCUGCAUUCAGCAAUUGCUGAACACACGCGACGCGUGUCACUCCUGUCGAACCUCUCUCCCAAGGAAAUGUUGGAGGAAUCUCUGCUCUAUGUGGAAAAAUGCGUUAAUUAUUUGCAGUACGAAUCGGAUAUAUUUGUGGAAGGUCAUAUUUUAAAGCAGGCGAAAAUCAAUCGUGACGCUUUGCGCAUGGUCAUUAGAAUAUCUUAAUCAG